GUUGGGGUGGUUGGAGACCCUGGGAAGUGCUCCGUGUUAAUGCGAAAAAUGACACUUUACGGAUGCCGCGUGCCAAAUCUAAGUCCUUGUCUAGGGAACAGUCGUGUGCGUUUGUUACACUUCUGCUUAUAUUUCAUACAACUGCGUCAUAGACUCAUAAAUAACUGCGCAUUUAGCGUGUACUUUAAUAAGUCACGUCCCAGAUGUACAGAAUCGAAUACAAUACGCAUUGUUUUUAUAUUUUGUGCAUUGUGUAAGAUGGUGUCUGCUUCCACCGUUUUACCACCUAACCGAGUGUUCGGGUCGCAGCGUUUCCAUCCUCACGUGCAAUACCAAAACCAUCUUGUUGUGUUAGGCUGUGAUUGUCUUAGUGUUGUCCACCCAUGUCCGACCCUACCCCAAGCCUGACGUGGUUCAUGCCAUAAAUGCUUCUUUCACUGUGUGGCAUUUUCACUAUCAGCGUGCGGACAUUGUAGCCUAUAUUUUCAGGAGACUGGGGAUUUUUCUUUUUUUCUUUUCUUUUUUUUUUUUUCUUUAAAAAAAAAAGCUUAAUUAUAUAAAGAAUCCAACUUUAAAACAGCCCAGUUUCCACACAGACACUUUAGAAAUCGUAUGUAAUGUGUCGUUCCUCAUGCCUGCAGAUGAGAUGUAUGUACAUGCAUCAUGCUGUGUGUGUACACUUUAUUGGCUGGUGCAGUAGUCUUUUAGACCCAGUGGCAGAUGGCAUGCUUCCACACCAUCUAAGAUGUCAAAAACAGAGUUUGUCGACACACCCUAACAUAGGACAGCAACCACACAAAAGCCACAGCCCACAUUUCCAGCUGAAUUCCCACGUGCCCACACUGGCCAGCAUCCACAAGAUCUACCACACACUGCACAGGCUGAACCUGACUGAGGACGUUGGCCCAGACACUCACGCCACAGCCUGCUGUCCCAGAGCUAUGCCCCCCAGGAAAAAGAGGAGGCCCACUGCCGGAGAUGACCUGUCUGCCAAGAAGAGCCGACAAGACAGCGUGUACAGAAAACAGGAGCCGUCUCGUAUUCAGGAGACGGAGUCUUUCUCCAGUAAGAGAUGCCUGGAAUGGUUUUACGAAUACGCAGGUUGUGAUGAUGUAGUUGGACCAGAAGGCAUGGAGAAAUUCUGUGAAGACAUUGGCGUGGAACCAGAGAAUGUGGUGAUGCUUGUGUUGGCUUGGAAACUGAACGCUCAGAGCAUGGGUUACUUCACCCUGCAGGAGUGGUUGCGUGGCAUGGGCUUGCUGCAAUGUGACUCAACAGAAAAACUCAGGAAUUCUCUAGACUACCUGAGGUCUAUCCUCAAUGAUGCCACUAGUUUCAAGCUCAUAUACCGAUAUGCCUUUGACUUUGCCCGGGAGAAGGAUCAGAGGAGUUUAGAUUUAAAUACUGCCAAGUGCAUGCUGGGACUCCUACUGGGGAAAACAUGGCCUCUGUUUCCUGUAUUUAACCAGUUUCUAGAGCAAUCCAAGUACAAGGUAGUAAAUAAAGACCAGUGGUGUAACGUGCUAGAAUUCAGUAGGACCAUUGACUUGGACCUCAGUAACUACGACGAGGACGGCGCAUGGCCAGUGUUGUUGGAUGAGUUUGUGGAAUGGUACAAAGACAGAGAGAUGUCUUAGCAACAAAUUCAUCGUCUCUACCAACAAGUAGAAUUUACUCGGCAACAAGAACCAUGGCAACAGUGACAGAAAUGGCGUAGAAUCAAAGUUCCACAAAGAAACAAAAACAACAAAUCUGAAUGAGCUGGGGCAAACUGUAGGUGUCCAGCCAGUGAAUAGUGUGUGUGUGUGUGUGUGUGUGUGUGUGUGUGUGUGUGUGUGUGUGUGUGUGUGUGUGUGUGUGUGUGUGUGUGUGUGUGUGUGUGUGUGUGUGAGAGAGAGCAAAUGAGUGUUCUAUACUGCACUGGUUCAUGUUGCCCUUCUCACCAGGGUUUUGUGAGGUUCUCCACUGGUGGUAUGUAGGAGAAACAGCAGCUCAGCCCUAUAUACUCACCCGAUGCCCUUCCCCACCUGCAGUGCAACAUGGGAAAGCACACAACCAACCUUAGUGCCGCUCUCCCCCACGCAACUGUGACAUGUCAUCUAACUGAAUGUUUUGAUGGGUGUUUAAGAGGCUGACUUCUGAUGCUCUACGUGGCAUGGUGGCUCAUUUUCCUUUCCUUAUCCCUCAUGUUCAAGUGUAGUAUUUUUGAACACGUGGGGCCUCAUUUAUUGAAUACGAGCAAGUAUACUUCCAGUGACCAGGGAAGCAAAAAUUCACCCAGGCCUCUGAAGUGGUAUUUUUCAGACUGGAUCAAAAUGACCACUGCUGCUAAUUCACUUCUGACCAAACGCAAUGCCUGACAACAGCCUUUUAUAGUAAAACUCCCAGUUACAGUACACAAGUAAGGUCAGGCCAGGAAAACAAGACUUCAAUCAGAAAACCAGGGCUUUUCUUUGAACAGUCUGCUAAAAUGAUACUACACUAGACUUUAGCGUAGUUUUGUGCGUUUCUGUAAAGUAUGAGCCAUAAAACGAUAAAUCUUUCAUAUACUUAUCUUGUGACAAAGCUUGACUGCACAUUUGAUAAAUGAGGCCUAGAAGUGGUCCGGAGAAAAAUGUAUCUUUGUUCUAUUUGUGCUUUUGUUUGGCUUUUUUAAUUCCAUUCUUUACCAUUCUUCUGUCGUCUUGCUUUAUGCCCGUUUCUGAAUGGCACGUUUCAUUAUACUGCCAUGGUUGUUAUGAUCAUGGUUAUUUUGUGACUCCCAUGUUGGUUUUGUCUCUGUUGUUUCUUGUUAUCUUGCUGUACUUGGGACACAUCACACGUAAGUGUGAUUCUGAGUGACCCACAUAGCCCACACCGCACAGUCCAACAGAGUCCUUCUGUGCCUCCUUAGCACCUAGUAUUAUGCAGGAAGCAAUACCUGUGAAGAGUGGGCACUAGACACAUUUAGUGUCUUUCAUCUGGUUUUAUAAUUGAGUUAAUUGGAUAAUUGGUUACCAAUUAGUCAUACUAACACGAACAAUUUAAAUGACUUGGAAAUAAUUAGGCAGGAAGCAGCUUGAUGAUUAUAAAACCAAGAGCCAAUGAAGUGCCAGCGAUCAUAAAGAAUGAUUCUUGGAUGAUAAUUGAGUUGCCACUCUAUAUGCCAUGUUCUAGUUCCCGUCAUGGUUCUCUACUGUGUCCAGGGAGAUCCUGGCAGAAGAACAAAACUGCUAAAGUUAUUAAAGAAAAAUUCCAGCAUUUUCUGCCCGUUUCGCAAUGUUUUAAAAUAACUUUUGUGAUUUUGUCAAAUGUGUGGUUCUAAAGUGAAUAAAAUAAAUAAAAUACCAUGAAAUUUGCCUCAUACAGGCAUUCAUAGGACAUAGAAAUGCAUCUAGCUUCAGGUUCAAAGUUGUUCUGUACAACCAUGAGAAUAACAGCUCAAUGAUAUCACAUUCUUGGUUUAUUGUGUGAUUUAUACAUGAGGAUUUUAACAUAAAGGAGUUUGUUUAGCAAACAAAAUGAUAUACCUACCUAUUAACUUGAGAGCUAGUGUUCUGAAUCUGAACUAGCUUCCAUUCUGUGUAUUCCUGUAGCGUAACUUAUCUACAAUUCCUCUUUGCAAGUUCACAUGGGCAGGUGCAGAGGAAGCUGUCAAAGCCAUGCAGGUUCUCUGAAAUUACAUACUUUUUUUUGGUUUAGUUUUUUGUUUCAUCAGGUCUUAAGCCAUGAAAUCCAAAACAAGCAGACAACAGUGGGAGAAUGUUUUCACCAUGUAAGCUUGUGUUAUGUCAUGUGAAGGCUAAUGCAAGGUGAUCAUCUUACUUUAAAAGCAUUUGGUUUACAAAAAUGCUACCAAUUUAAAACACCCUGAAAAGUACAGAUUCUAUUUUUGAGAAAGCACAGGAAUUUUCCUGUAAUGGUAAGAAAGAUUUGCCAAAAAUAAGUUUGUCUGGCCACCCUAAUUAUCAGCUUCUUAGCGUUCGAUUACCAUUCGGAGUUUUUCUGAGCUUAUUCCUCUGACUACAGGGAGUCUCCUGUGAGACCAGGAAGUACCAGCAUCUCUGAAGCACCAGAUCUUCACAUUUGGUUCAGAGAUGAAAUACUUUGGGCUGGAGACACUGAUGUGCCCUGAACUUGUUUUAAGGCCCUGCACUGGAAUUUAAUUGCAAAAUACUGCUGAACUACUCAAGUGUAUCUUUCGCAGCUCUGCAAACAAGGUGCAAGGUUAUGGGUCUUGUCUCGAUUCUUUUUCAGUUGUUUCCAACUGUUCAACAGUCACACAUGUGUUAUGUAGGUACAAUGGCAUAUGGAGUAGAAUGGACCAGUCAAGGGAACAAGCUUCCAUGGCAAAGACUUUAAACCUAUAGUGACUGUUGCAUAGCAACUGCUUAACAUUCUGGUUUCGUUGUAAAAUGUUCAGUUGUGUCUCUGGCUGUGGUGUGAAGCUAACUUGUCAUCAGAGGAAAAAAAGUGCAUGCCUGCUCAUUAGAGCAACCUGUGAAUGAGUGAGUUUUUGUUGGGGUUUCGGGGUAAAUUGUAUGCUUCUAUUUUCUUUAUGUACAGGUAUUUGUGGAUUUUUUUUUAUAUAUAUUUUUUUGUUAUUAGAACCUCCCCCCCCCCCCCCAGUCAUGCAGUCUUAAUGCUUUAUGAAAACCAUGAUUGUAUGAUGGUAUUUAGAGCUUAAACACAAAUGUAACCUCAUCUGUUGAGAUGUUCCUCUUUGCAUUACUUUACUUUCCCACCAUUUUCACUAAGUGCUGAACUACAACUCCCAGAAGUCAUUGCAGCGUUUGACUUUAUUCACAACUUGUUGCAUUCAGGUGCUGCUCAAAAGAUAGCAUUUACUUAAUUGCAAUGCCAAAUUAAUAUUUGCUUUCUGACAGAUAUCUUUAGGUUUUUUUUCCUUCCUUUACAUUAUGUGCAAAUCAUUCUGAUUUGCUGGUACAUUGCUUAAUGUUGUUUAAACCUCCUUCAUUUAAUUUAGAGUAAAAAAGUAAUUGUACACAGUAUACAUUUAUUUCAGGGUAAAGCCCUAUCAAUAUGAAUUAAAAAAAAGUUGGUGUAGGUGUAAACAUACACAAUAACAAUAUUUUAAAAAUGUUUUUAUCUUUGUUGUAUUUUAUGUACCUGCAGGUUAAAUAGAGGGUUUGCAAACUACUUUUCAAAUGACUGAUAAUCAUUACGUUUCCUUAUACUACAACAGUUUUUCCAUUUCACAACUCCUUUUUGUCUUUCCUAUUUUUGGUUUGUUUGUUUUUGUAAAUGCUACUAUGUAAACCUGAAUCAGAUAAAUUCCCUAUCUUUGAAAGCAUUUGUGAAUAUCACAGGUUCAAAAUUACAGUAAUUCUGAGAUUAUUAAAUGCACUGAAUACCUAGUACAACUUCACAAUUAAAAAUUUUUGUAUAUAACAAUUCUAAGUGCAGAAGAACAACGUGCAUGACCUCGGUACAUCAGUAGACGUGUAGUGGUUUCUAUGGAUUUAUGGCAUUGGUUGUCGAUGCUUACAAAAUUGGUUUCUGUUACAAUGUUUACAAGUAUAUGAGGGGCAGGGAGUAGCACCGCCAAGUUUCUAAAAGUGCAAGAAGUAUCCAGUGACCUCAGCAUUCUGGGCAAAGCCAUCUGUUUAAGGAAUGGUAGAAUCAAGUUACCCAGUUUCAAGUGAUAUUGCAACAAAUCCACUGUGACAUGCAUGCUAGCUGGAGACCCCAAGUCCAAUAUUGCCACAGAUAUUUUUUGCGAGUUUAUUCAUUAUCGCUGUCUGUGCCUCGGAGUGGAGAGGGGGAGUGCUUUGAAACCAUGGUGAUCUGAGAAGCAGUAGAAGAUCUCCUCUGUUAUAAUGACUGGUUUAUGGUGGGAACGUUGGUUAAUGCAAGAGGCUGAACAGUCUCAUCUGAUUGUAUAUAUGUAUGGAUGUGUGUAUACGUGUUUGUUUUUCCACUGUAUCUCUACAUUCAGCAUAUAAAGGGUUUAUUAACGA